AUGUCCCUCCGCACUAUCCUCGUCUCUGGCGCCAGUCGAGGGAUUGGCCUGGAGGUCACCACUCUCCUUCUGCGAAAGUUCAAUGUCAAUGUGGUUGCCCUCUCACGAACUCGUACCCCCGAGCUUUCGGCACUCGCAUGCGAUUCACUUUUGAUCCUCGAGGGUGAUGUUACGAACGAAGAAAUUGUAAAGAAUGCUGUAGCACAGGCGGCUCAGACCUUUGGGAGUCUAGACUCGCUGAUUCUCAACGCCGGGAUUGUGGAUCCCCUCAGCCGGAUCGCUGACGAUAAGACAUCGUUGGACCAGUGGAAGAUGCACUUCGACGUCAACUUCUUCUCCUUGGUCACAGCUCUCAAGUUUGCGGUCCCACAUCUCAGGGCUAGCACGCAUGGUGGGCGGGUAGUGUUCGUAUCCUCCGGUGCUGCCGUCAAAGGCACGGCGGGCUGGGGGCCUUACAACGCUAGUAAGGCCGCUAUGAACUCUUUGGCCCGAACACUUGCGGAGGAAGAGCCCGAUAUCGUGUCUGUGGCUCUGCGUCCAGGCAUGGUUGCUACCGGCAUGCAAGCAACUCUCAGAGAGGUGGGAGGCUCGGCGAUGAAUCCCAAAGAUCACCAAAUGUUCGUCUCUGCCCACGCAGAAGGGAAAUUGCUCAGCCCUGAGGUGCCGGGACAUGUGAUCGCGUCUCUCGCUCUCACCGCUGCCAAAUCUUUGAGCGGUCAGUUUAUCUUCUUGACCAUGAACCGCUCUCCUCGUAUCGACAUUCACCACCAUUUCUUCCCCUCAGACCUAGAUAAGGGUGUCGCUGCUGGCCAAAAAGUCGGAUGGAGGACACCAUCUGAGAAUCUCCCAUGGUCGCCGGACGUCAGUCUGCGGUACAUGAACGCACGUUCCAUCGACUGUGCGAUUCUAUCGUUUCCUGCCAUCUCAUCUGGUACCAUCGGGCAGGCGAAUCGCGACGAGGCGCGUCAGAGGAACCGUGCUAUGGCAGACAUACGGCUCCAUCAUCCAGGAAGAUUUGGGUUUUUCGCGACGCUGCCGUAUCUAUAUGAUAUCCAGGGCACCCUCGAUGAGAUUGCGUAUGCGAUGGAUGAGCUGAAAGCUGAUGGUGUGGCGCUGCCCUCUGCAUGCGGCAUCGGGGAUGAUGCCAAAUACAUCGGCCACGAACUUUUCGAGCCCAUUCUCCAUGAAUUGAACCGUCGUUCGGCUGUUGUCUUUCUUCAUGGUGCGCAGACACCAUCGUCCACACCCUCUCCAGAUAUCUCUUUGGGUAUCCCCAUCACUGAGGUUCCCGGCGAAACUUUCAAAGCGGCAGCACAUCUCGUCGUCACCGGUAGGCGACGUAAGUUUCGGGAUAUGUCUGUCAUCCUCGCACAUAUGGGCGGAAGUGCGCCAUGGCUUGCACCUCGCGUGGCUGCCAUGUCGGGAUAUAUGGGUUGUGCUCUCAGUCCGGAGGAUAUCAUGGAAGAUUUCCAGAGUUUCUACUUUGACACGGCUCUGAGCUCGCAUGAAAGCACUCUGGAAUUCAUGUCCUCUUUCACUAGCCAAGACCGUAUUGUAUUUGGCACAGAUUUUCCAGCUGGUACACCGAUAAUCUCCAGCGAUUCAUGCUGA